AUGGGAGAGACCAGCCGGGCCGCCGCGCUGCCUUCCUCCCCGUCUCCUUCUCCUCCCUCCCCGCGCUCCGCCUGCAGCCCGGCGCCGCCGCUCGGGAACGGGACCCCGCGGCGCGGCGGGGACAUCCCUGGGCAUCUCACCUUCCCCCUGCUGUCUGUCACCCUUUUGGUAUCCUUUGGCUCAUCCAUGCUCUAUGGCUACAACCUUGCUGUGGUGAACUCACCAGCAGAGCACAUAAAGGUUUUCUACAAUGCCACGUGGUCCCAGCGGUUCGGACACGGGCUGGGCCCUGCCCCCCUGACCCUCCUCUAUGCCCUGACUGUCUCCAUCUUCGCCCUGGGCGGGCUGGUGGGCUCCCUGCUGGUGGGGGUGCUGGUGGAGCGGUACGGCAGGAAUGGUGCUCUGAGCCGCAGCGCCCUCCUCGUCCUCCUGGCCGGCAGCUUCAUGGGCUUCAGCCGGGAGCUGGGAUCCCCCGAGAUGGUGAUCAUCGGCCGCUCCAUCACGGGGCUCCACUCAGGUAUCUGUCUCAGUGUGGUGCCCCUCUACCUGGGAGAAAUCACUCCCAAGAACCUGCGGGGCUUCCUGGGGCUCAUGCCCAGCAUCUUCAUCUGCCUGGGGGUUUUCUCUGCCCAGGUCCUGGGCCUGCCGGAACUGCUGGGCAAGGACAGGUUCUGGCCCCUUUUCCUGUCAGUGGUGGUUGUUCCUGCCUCCCUCCAGCUCCUGCUGCUGCACUGCUUCCCUGAGAGCCCUCGGUACCUGCUGAUAGAGAGAAAUGACAUCUGUGGGGCCACCAAAGCGCUGCACCGGUUCCUGGGGAGACCUGAUGUACAGGAUGUGAUCGAGGAGAUGAAGGAGGAGCAGCGGUCGCUCUCCUCCGUGGAGAUGGUGUCGGUCUGGCAGCUGCUGCGGGACCGCUCCGUGCGCUGGCAGACGCUCUCGGUGGCGGUGGUGAGCGCCGGCAUGCAGCUCUCGGGGAUCGAUGCCAUCUGGUUUUACACCAACACCAUUUUCGAGCGCGCCGGGAUCCCCACGUCCCAGAUCCCCUACACCACCAUGGGCACCGGCGCCAUUGAGGUCGUUGCCGGGCUGAUCGGGUGCUUCACCAUUGAGAGGGUGGGCCGGCGGCCCCUCAUCAUCACCGGCUUCUGUGCCAUGGGUGUCUGCUCGGCUGGCAUCACCAUCUCCCUGCUGCUGCAGGCCACCCUGCCCUGGAUGCGCUACCUCAGCGUUGCCUGCGUGGUCGGCAUCAUCGCUGGCUUCUGCAUGGGACCAGCUGGUGUCCCCUUCCUGAUGACAGCUGAGCUCUUCAUGCAGUCACACCGCCCGGCUGCCUACAUUGUGGGGGGCUCUCUCAACUGGCUCUGCAACUUCACCAUCGGCUUCAUCUUCCCCUUCUUGCAGAUGUCAGCCGGUGCCUUUUGCUACCUGGUUUUCUGUGGUGUCUGCCUGCUGGUGGCCCUGUACGUCUACCUUGUCAUCCCCGAGACCAAGAACAAAACCUUCAUGGAGAUCAGCCACGUCUUCGCCACGCGCCGCUCCGUGCUCUCCGUGCCAGCCCGCCUCACUGGGAUGAUGAAGCUCAAUGGUUAUGGGACUUUGCAGAGCAGCUCCCUGCAGGCCUCAGCCUCCAACCUCCCCUGAUCUGAGUGGGCUGGGGGGGUGGGGAUGGUGGAGGAGGCUCGGGGCUGGGGAAGGAUGUGGGGGCCAAUUUAUUCCGACCUGGUCAUGAGCCCCGUUGAUGCACCAAGGUUGCCCUGACUGCUGGGCAUGAUCCCCAUGCUGGAAGAGAUGCCCCCACAGAGACAAGGGGACCUCCUGAAUUAGGGAGUUCUCAUUGCUCCUGGGUGUGGGGCCCUGGCAAGGGCUUCUGGCAUGAGCUGUUUAAUAAAGAGCAUUGCCAGCAGAGCCAUUGUUUGGCAAGUUUAGCCUGGAAUG